AUGAAAACCUUCCUGCUUGCAAUUGCUGCUGUGCAGAUCUUCUACUGCUCAGGAGUGCCAAGCACUAAGGAAGCUCUGAGAGCCUCGGUUAUAAAGCUGAAUGAAAUCACUGAGAUCCCCAACCUCUGUGGUAUCACUAGGAGAGGAGUAACAAAUACAUAUCGCACGGGUAAGCUGUCAUACAAUGUGGAUUUAACUUUCUCUGUGAAAGAAACUGUCUGUUCCAAGAAUUCUGGACAAGAAUUUGAUAAUCCUAGCUGCUUCUUCCGCCCUAAAAACAUUGCGGAGAAAGGCUUUUGCAAAAGCCAUGUGGAAUUUUUUGCUGAUAAGGUAGCUGACGUUGAUGUGGAGUGUGAUGGUCUGAAGACAGUUGACAGCGAGAGUGACUCAACAAAAUCGAGUGAAAACAGUAUUGAGUCACAAAGCAAAUCAAAAGAAACAUCGCUUGAGGAAACUUCAAAUGAGAAAAGUAAAUUGGAAGAAACAGCACUGGAAAUAUCUUCAAAUGAAAAAGACAAAUCAAAAGAGACAUCUCUUGAAGAUUCAGCUGAUGUGAAGAGCAAAUCAAAUGAGACAUCAUUUAAGGAGUCUUCCAACGAACAAAAUGAGGACUCGAGAGCCCAGCACUAA